CUUGUCUAAGUUGGUGGGCCUAUCGCAUAUUGGCAUCAACACUGGACUCUGGAGUCUGGACAGCAAGUUAGCAACGAAGACAAAAAGGGACUAUAGCCAUUUGCAAACGCAGCUCAAAAGCGCCAAAUAUAUUCGAAUCCGGGUUUGGUAUUGAGUAAGUUGUGUUACUUGUGUACAUCCACUGUUGUACAUCCACUGUCUUCAGUCUUCACCAUCUCCGCAACCUUCAAUCGCCAUAUUUCGACACUCAAAGUACCACCUUUUACCGGUGGCGUGAUACACCCAGAUUGUGCCGUUCUCUGCUUCAUCUCGUUCUCAAAUUCGCCGCCGGCCUGUCCGACGCAGGAUUCCAUUUUUCCUCCUCUGUCGACGGCGCUGAUGGACGGAGAAAUCCCCAUAUCAACGAUCGACAAGGAAUUGAGCUGUCCGCGGCUCAAUCCAAAGUCCACCGCAGAUCUACUCUAUUCCGUUGAUGCAUUUCUCUUCGAUUGCGACGGCGUGAUAUGGAAAGGAGAUGCUCUGAUCGAUGGAGUCUCGGAAACUCUGGAUGCGCUUCGAGCCAUGGACAAAAAGUUGGUUUUUGUGACGAAUAACUCCACAAAGUCCAGAAGGCAAUAUGCCGAGAAGUUUCACUCAUUGGGCAUUUCAGUAACUGAGGAUGAGAUAUUCUCCUCAUCUUUUGCUGCAGCCAUGUACUUGAAAGUCAAUCACUAUCCCAAGGAAAAGAAGGUAUAUGUUAUUGGUGAAGAAGGCAUAUUGGAGGAACUAGAGCUUGCUGGUUUUACUGGUCUGGGCGGUCCUGAAGAUUGGAAGAGAACUGUCCAUUUGAAACCAAACAACCUCUUUGAGCAUGACAAACAUGUGGGAGCAGUGGUGGUUGGUCUGGACCAGUAUAUAAAUUUUUACAAGCUACAGUAUGCAACUCUAUGUAUACGUGAAAAUCCGGGAUGCUUAUUUAUUGCUACAAACCGGGAUGCUGUCGGACAUCUCACAGAUCUACAAGAAUGGCCUGGUGCAGGGUGUAUGGUUUCUGCAAUAUGUGGCUCAACUCAGAAAGAACCGAUUGUAGUUGGAAAACCCUCAACUUUUCUGAUGGAAUUUUUAUUGAAGAAAUUCAACAUCCCUACUUCUAGGAUGUGUAUGGUUGGGGAUAGAUUGGACACUGAUAUUUUGUUUGGACAAAACGCCGGCUGUCGAACUCUUCUCGUCUUAUCAGGCGUGACGAAUCUUAGAGAUCUUGGACACUCAUCAAAUCACAUUCUACCAGAAUACUACACUGGCAAGUUGUCAGAUGUAUUUGGUUUAUUCAAUGAGUAUAUGGAUACCUUUUAGAUGGCACUCGGUAAAACUAAGGAUGUAGUGUCAAGUGUUACCUGCAAAUAAGGAUAUGGGACCAUUUAUGCAUCAUUGUGAGAUUUGCUUAUUGUUAAAAUGAUUCCAGCUGCUCAAAUAAUUCACUCAGCCAUCAUCAUUCAUGUGAGGCUGUCAGCCCAUUUUUUAUGUAGCUGUAUAAAUCUUAAAUCUGUACUUUUUAGAGGAAUUUGCACCCCUUACUUCCUCAUAUGAAAUAAAUUAUAAUUAUGCACCCCUUUUACAAAUAUUUGUAUAAUUACCUAAACAAGCCUAAAUAUUUGCUAUUAUACCUAAACAGUAAAAUUAAGUUA